UAUAUAUCAAGCGUAGUCGCGCAACAGUUGGUACGAACUUGGAAGUCAAACAGAGGACUGUGUUAGAUCCACAAGAAGGUUUCCUUCACCUGUCAGACUAGAAAAAAAAUAAGGAUGGAGGAUGGACAGGUUGAAAACCAUGUCCCCAAACCAGCCAAUGGGAUGGAAGUUAACACACACAUGGACUCUAAGCUGAACUCUGAUGUAGAGAACAUAGAGGACACAGUGGAGUUCAAGCUGAUGAGGGCCUACGCUCAGAGGAGAAGGCCCAAGAAGGUUGACCCACACAAGGAAAACGGCAAGGCUUUAACAGACUAUAGCAAUGAUGCAGACCCCACACCAGGUCAGACGACAGAAAAGACUGGGAAAGAGGAGGGGAAGAAAAAGAGGAAGAAAAAAACAAUAUGGAGGCAUCUAAAACCUAUCCUGAAGUGUGUUAGGCCUCAGACUGAUGAGAUGGAAACGACACCAACACCAGCAACACCAACAUCAGACGAGACACAAGACGAUCCCACUCUACGAUGUUUUCCUAUGGCUUUCACUCUGGAUGGUGAUCACGAUUCGUCCAAAGAUGAGGAUGAGCUAGGGGAGGUGGCGUCCCGUGUGAUCGGGCUCGCCGACGAACUUGAGUUAACCGAACCCCCCUCAGAACUGGAGGCGGACUGUCCAGAGGAUGCGCUCUCUAAAGAUGAUUUGGAAAAGACUAUCGGUCUCCUGCUGAGGUGCAAGGGAGACGACUUAAACAAAAAGUUUGAUGAAUUACACAUAGCUGCAGACCUUUUCUUGAACUACAACUUCUUCUCUAAGCUUCUCAACGCAUUCUUUGUAAGAAUCGGAUUCAGGAACUCGCAGUCGGACGCCCUGGGACCCCAAGCAGGAAACAAAACCCAGGUCGCCGCCACCUUGGAGAUAACAAGUCGUCUUUCCUCUGUGGAGGGGCUGCCCAGGAGCCGGCUAUUUGAACACGGAGCCCGGUAUCUGCAGGAAUAUUAUUCCUCAUGGGCUCAGCAGCAGGGCGGAUACGAGGCGAUUUUUCAGGAUGACGAGGAAGUUGACUGAUACGGACGCAGAAAUCGAGCAUCACUAAAAGUUUUCAAAGAAACAAAUUGGACUCAGGACCUUCAUUCUUUGAAAUUCUCAAAUCAGUUUUCAAGAAUGUCUUGAAAGCUCAUGGUUUAUAAACCUACUGUGAUCCAAAGAUCUGUUGCAGCCAGCAGUCGGUUUGUCUCUGCAGGGAUCAACAAAAAAGAAGAAAUCAUUUUUAUGGAAAAUUAUUCGUAAAGCUUUUGUUUACUUUGUAAAGUUCUAAUUAUGUUUUCUUUUCUUUGUACUUCUAAAGGCAUUAAAUGUCUUAUCUCACUAGCACUUUUAGAAAAAAGAGUGGGGGAGAGGGAAAACUUGAGCUUUUUCAAUGAUGGUAUCAUUUUAAUUUAUUUUGUUAAAAUAUCAAUUUUCUAAUUUUGUUAAAUUUUUAUUAUAAUUUUUUUUAUAUAUCAUUUUUAGAUGCGCUUGUUAUAUUUCAAUGGUUUUUUU